GCGAUGUCGAGCUGGAUGCUAUCGCAAUGGCGGAACCCAGGAGACAUCCUGUCCGUUCUUUUGCUCCUCGGCCCGGAUGUCAUCCAGCGCGCCAUCGCGCAGUUGGCUGGGCGCGCCAUCACCCCGGUUGCCUUCUCCUUUGGCUGGGUGGCCUAUGCGGUGAGCGCGCUGCUCUCGAGCUUUGGAGAUGGACGCCUCAUGCCCGAGUCAGAAACGAGCUUCGUGGUCAUUGACACCAAUAGCGGCCACUCCCGGGUGGCCAGGAACUGGGUGCUCGGCCGCUUGCUACGCGACUUCAAUGACCGCCUUGACGAGGAGAUGAAAGAUGAGCAAGAGCACAUCUCGUCGGAUAGUCACGACAAGGAGAGGCGGGCGCCCCCUGAGCUUGGAAAAGGGACGGGCGAGGCGAACCAAAAGCACUUCGAAGCGCUGCGUGUCACGGUGUUUGAGGUGGACGACAACCCGCCAGCGCCCCACGGCGUCCCCACACUGGACUGGGUAUGGUACUCAGGCAUCGUGGUCAUGGUCCUUCAGCUGGCCGUCGCGGCCGUCCCGUGGGCCGUGAACGGUGCGUGGAACAUCUUCAUGGUCACUGCCGCCGGCAACCUGCUGGCUUCGGUUGGCGGCUCACUCCCCCAGUGGCGGCGGGAGAAAUGGGCUUGCCCCAAAGCAGGCGGUGAUACAGCCGCCAUCACAGAGGGCAACGGUAGCCGGAGCGCAAUGGUCAUCCUGGGAAAGAAGGGCUUGGGCCUCAAAUUAGAGGUGCUGGCACGGGGCACCCGCAUGGCGCCCGCCACUCGACUCACCAGGGUGGCAAGCACCGUCCUGGCGACGCUCUGGGUCUUGUUCCUCAUCACAGUGGCAGGUAUAAAGGAGCAUACAUGGUAUUUGCUCGGCAUCGGCCUCGUUGGAAGCAUCCAAAACCUCGUUGCCGCCGGAGUCCGCCGCUCGCCCGGGGCUCUCGGCAUCCACAUCAAGCAGGUCGAGGUGAUCCGGGCACGGUACGUGUCCGAAACGCUGAAGCAAGUGGAAAAGAGAUACCCGCUCGUUGGCACCGCGCUGUUGAGCGUGUUCUUUCCUGGGUCGAUGCGU